AUGUCUGUGCUCAGCAUUCGUGCCAUCUGGGACAUGUUCAUCGCAUUGACCGAGGCCGAGCAAACGCGAUUGCUUGGCUCGUUCUACGCCCGUUCCCAAAUGAAAAAUGCGCACCCGGAGCUGAGUGACCUGAACGGAGAUUACUCAGAUGGGGACACAGGGCUCAGUUCGGACGAAUGUGUCAAACGUCGUGGGCCUCCCAAAUCACGUCGUGGAGCGGCUCAGCGUAAGACCGAACUGCGUUCCGGACCUAAGGGCGAUGCAUGUAUCGACACGGGGAGCUUCGCUGUCGUUGCGUCAACACUCAACGCGUCGCUAGACACCGAAUUAACCGACGAUUUACAUUAUGAUGGAACGCAACUUGAAUUAAGAGAUUCGCUGUCUCGCCGUUUCGCUGACCUCCUAUCCAAACCACACAAUCCUUUGCCAAUCAAUGGACGUCGGAAACACAAUGGAAGAAUUCGUCGAGCCAUAACCUCAUUGGAUUUGUGUCUAAUUCACCGUGUUGAGUCGGAAUUGAGACGCUGGUUUUCUGUUAAGAAACUCCCAACGGGUGCUGGUGACUCUCCCAGUAAUAUUUCUAAACGACAGCCUAGUCGAUGGACUCCAACGUUAUCCUUAGUGUGCCGAACAGGAACAAGUGAGGAGCUCAGCACCAACAAUUUGUUGUGUUUGGAUGCAUUCGAGCGUCUGUUGGUUCACUCAGUAGCCAACUACUUGGGAUUGUUUUCGUACAGUAUCUGGUCCGACAAGUUGGGUGAGCGUCAGUUGUGGGUCGAACUACGUGUGGGACAACUGUUCAAUCCACCUGAAAGGACAUUUGUGAACCUGAUCGAAAGCAGACUGACUACCGGGAUUUAA